GACCGGGCCCUGAGUCCCCCGUGGGGUCUGUGUAGGCGGAACUCCGGAGUGGCCUGUGGGCAGGCCCAAGAGUCAUAUGCUGCCAUCAUGACGGCUGAAGAAACAGUGAAUGUUAAAGAAGCUGAAAUAAUUAAACUAAUACUAGAUUUUCUGAACACAAGGAAACUUCAUAUCAGUAUGCUGGCGCUUGAGAAAGAAAGUGGGGUCAUUAAUGGCCUGUUUUCAGAUGACAUGCUUUUUCUAAGGCAAUUGAUUCUUGAUGGACAGUGGGAUGAGGUUCUUCAAUUUAUUCAGCCUCUUGAAUGUAUGGAAAAAUUCGACAAGAAAAGAUUUCGUUACAUUAUAAUGAAGCAGAAGUUCUUGGAAGCCUUAUGUGUAAACAAUGCGAUGUCAGCAGAAGAUGAGCCUCAGCAUCUGGAAUUUACAAUGCGAGAGGCUGUACAGUGCCUACAUGCGCUGGAAGAAUACUGUCCCUCUAAGGAAGACUAUAGUAAACUCUGUUUGCUACUGACGCUGCCUCGCUUGACCAACCACGCAGAAUUCAAGGACUGGAAUCCCAGCACUGCACGGGUUCACUGCUUUGAAGAAGCCUGCGUCAUGGUGGCAGAGUUUAUUCCUGCCGAUAGGAAACUGAGUGAGGCUGGCUUCAAAGCAAGUAACAAUCGUUUAUUUCAGCUUGUAAUGAAGGGAUUGCUUUAUGAAUGUUGUGUGGAAUUCUGUCAGAGUAAAGCAACAGGAGAAGAAAUCACAGAAAGUGAAGUAUUGCUGGGCAUUGAUCUCUUGUGUGGUAAUGGGUGUGAUGACUUGGACCUUAGCUUAUUAUCAUGGCUGCAGAAUCUGCCAGCUACUGUUUUUUCAUGUGCUUUUGAACAAAAGAUGCUUAAUAUUCAUGUUGAUAAACUCCUCAAGCCUACAAAAGCUGCCUAUGCUGAUCUCUUGACACCUCUUAUCAGCAAACUUUCUCCUUAUCCAUCGUCCCCAAUGAGACGGCCUCAGUCAGCAGAUGCUUACAUGACCCGCUCCCUAAACCCUGCCUUAGAUGGGCUGUCCUGUGGAUUAACAAAUCACGAUAAGCGAGUCACAGACCUUGGGACCAAAACUUCUCCAAUGUCGCACUCCUUUGCUAAUUUCCAUUACCCAGGAGUACAGAAUCUCAGCCGAAGUCUCAUGCUUGAGAAUACUGAGUGUCACAGCAUUUUUGAAGAGUCACCUGAGCGAAGUGAUACUCCCGUGGAGCCACAGCAUCCCAUCAGCAGUGAGACUUUGUGCCAGAGUUCCGUUCCAGAAAAUGAACCAGUUAAUGGAGCACAGAGUCAGGGAUCAGCCAAACAAGAGAAAAAUGAG